AUGGCUAGACCAUGGAAGUGCCUCGACUGCGCCGUUGUGAUGGUGAAGACCACGCAAUCUGACAUUCCUGUCAAGUACCUAAGCUCAUCCAACACCGCCAACCAGGUGAAGCCAAUUCAACCUCACCCAAUGCAGGGCUUUGCUGAUGCCCGUCUCAAUGACGAAUGGAGUGAGACCGAGCCAGGCUGGUCGUCCUCGACGUCUUAUCCUCUCCCGCAGACCCUGCACACGUUGUCUUUGGGUCUUUGGUACGGGAGGGGGUUGCUAUUCUUGUCCACUGCGGGAGCAUUCAUUAUUCCCAACUCAAUCGGCCUACCCCACCAUGCCUCGUGUCUCUUGGUCUGUGAACUCGGGUACCCGGGAGCCUUGUUGACCGAGUACCCAUCUGCCCUUCAGUAUGGUAUGACGAUGGGAGAAAGGCAGCGUCUGGUGUCGACAAUUGCAAACUCUCACUAG